AUGCCCUCUUCUGCCACCACCAACACCGGGAGGCCCCAUGUCACUACUGGGCACAUGAGUUCCACCCAGAUCCCCACUCUGGCUUUCUCCUCCACUCUGGGCCUCUCCACCACCGGCAGGACAGGCCUGUCCUCCCCUGCCCCUGUAACAAAUGUCACGACCCUGGGCACCGCCCUCCUUGUGAGCCCUCCAGAGCCCAGCUCCUCCUCCAGUCAACCCCAAGGGCCUCUCCCCACAAACCUCAAACUCAGCAGCAUCUCCACGGAGUUCAGCAGUGCAUCCACAUCAUCCCAGGUGCCUCCUGCCUCCCAGACGUCUGCCAGCAACCAGGAGCCCACAAGCAUCACUUCUGGGUCCGCAGGCACCUCCAGCCUCCCUGGUGGACUCACCUCAUCCACUAGCUGGCCUUCUACUGGGCCUGCCACUUCCCCAGGACAGAGUGCCACGGGGCCUACUGCCACGUCCUCCCUUCUCACUCCUUCCCCUCAGCAGAGCACAGGCCUGCUGCCCUCUAGCGCCCACACCGCCAGGAGCAGUCCAGCCACCAAGCUCACGCCCAGUACUCUUCACAGCCAGGCCACAGUGCACAGCACCAUGCAAGGGGACACAGUGCUGAGUUCUGCACUCCCCAUUGGGUCCAUUGUGCCUGCCACUUCCAGCCUUGCCCUUCCGGGGCAGCCUUCUUCCUACUCAACCCCUCAGACAGUCAGCACCCCCUCUGAGGGGAAGAACAUGCUUCCCACCCACGUAGUUGAAGAUUCCCUGCAGACUAUGUUCUGGGGAACACAGACUGCUUCCAGAGAGACCUCUGUCCUCUCGGGAUCCAGCCCAUCCACACCCAGUCCCACUUCCACUGGGUGGGAGCCCAGUGAAGGUAUAGCACCCACAGCUGCGUCCAAGCCGUACUCCAGUGUGUGGACCUCCUCCUCCUCCUUGUCCAUGCCCACAUUCCUGUCGGAGACCACCAGUGCAACCCUACCUGCUUCUUCUGGCUCCAGUCUCUCCCCAUCUCCCAACCAGCCUCUCCCAAACCCUUCAAUGCAUGCCCAUUCUACUGUUUCCAAAUACAACCUGGGUACCUCUGCGAUUUCUCUGAAGGACAAGCAGACCACUCCACCAGGGACUGUGGACGCUCCAUUUCCCACCGAGACCAUCAGAACCCACUCCAGUGCCCAGGCCAGCUUCCAUAAAUCUGGGGCUCCCACAUCUUCCGUAGCCAGCUUCUCAGUGCUGAAAAGCACCACGUCUCCGUUCGAGUCUGGCACAAGUGAUUUUUUGUGGAGUCCCCCUUCCCCUUUGCCUCCUUCACAGUCUCCGUCCUCUACCACAGGCCCCACUCUGAGCUUUACUACCACAGAACGUAUUUGGACUCAGCCUCAAAGCUCCAUUUCCCAGCAUUCCCCACUGGUAUCUCCCACAGCAUCAGCUGGCAGGAGCCCUCGGAUCCCAUCAGUCUCUCCCUCUCUACCUCUGGUUACUUCUUCAGGAAUCGAAAGCGUGGUGGAGCGCAUCACACGGCUACCCAGCGACGUGGCACACGGUGGCACUAUGGGGCCACUCAAGGGUCCCCUGACACCCACAGCACCUGCUAGUCCUACAGAACUUUCCAUUGGAGGAACUGAAAGAUCAGAGACCACUGCCAUGCCUCUGAAGACCACCUCCACUGCCGCUGGGACCACUGGGGUCUCCGUUCUCCCCUUAAGAACAGCAUCUGUCACAGCAUCAGAACAAGCAGCCAGCACAAGCACAGAAGGAACAAUCACAACAACCCCAACUAUUUCUCCUGCUGUUCCAGAGAUGACAACCACGCUGGCCACUCGACUUGGAGAAGACACCAGUGUAACAGUUCCCAGGGAAACACCAUCUUCUUUCAGUAGAGAACCAGAGACCACUGCCUCAGAGGCCCACAGUCCUGAGGCAGGGACCAGGCCAGCUACCCAAACUCCAACUGCAUUCUCUGACGAGUCACACACCAUGGUCUCAUUGAUGACUCACCCUACAGAAAGGAGGAUGCCUGUUUCCAGAACAACCUCCAAAUUUCCCCAUUCUGAAUCACAAACCACACUCUCAGUGGGCACGAGUCCUGGGACAGAAACCGCACUGGCCAUUCCAACAACCACUGUCCCUCCUGAUACACCAGGAAAGAGAGUCUCACUGACCACUACUUCCAGGACACACACUGGCUCAGUGAAACCAACCCGGACUCCUCCUGGUGGACAAGAGAGCACAGCCUCCUUGGCUACUGAUCUUGGAAUGGUACAAGGCUCAGCCAUUCCAAGUCCAACUGUCUCACCUGGUGUAUCACAGAUGGUGACAUCAACGCAUAGGAGUUCUGGGACAGAGGCAAGUACAAGUAGCCAAGUUUUGACUCUUUCUCCAAGUCAGAUGGAUAUCACCAUUUUAAAAGAAACCCAAUCUGGAACAGAAGUCAGUUCAGCAGUUCCAACGCUGACUGUUUUGUCUGGUGGAUCACAUACAACAACUUCAUGGGCUACGCAUUCUGUAGAGACCAGCCCAACAGCUCCUAGGAUAACCCCAGAUUUUCCCCGUAGUGAAUCCAGUGCCACACCAUUAACAACCACCAGUCUUGUGGACAAAACCAGUCCGGCUGUCUCUGCUUCCACUGUUUCACCUGAUGGGACAAACAGGGUGACCUUGCUGGGCACUACAUCAGCAACCAGGACAAGUAUUCCAAAUCCAACUGGGACACCAGAGGCCACAUCCUCAUUAGCUACCCAUCCUGGACCACAGACUAAUUCAGCCAUUCCAACUCAAACUGCCUCUUCUCCUGGUGUGCCAGGGACAAUGACUUCACUGACCACUAAUUCCAGAGAAGAGAGUGGUGUGGCUCCAACCCAGAUGGUUUCCCCAGGGCAGCCAGAGACCACAGCACAGUGGAUCAUCCAUCCUGAGACAGAAGCCAGUUCCUCUGUUCCAGGGACUGUGCUAGCGAGUGAACCCUAUACAACAGCUUCACACACCUCUCAUCCUGCAGAAGCCAUCUCAGCUAUUCCCAAAACAACCCUGAGUGUUCCCCAUAGUGAAUCUAACACCUCACCCUUCACCACCACCAGUCCUGAGGAAACAUCCAGUUCAGCUGUUUCACAUUCAGUCCCCUGGGUGAUAAUGUCACUGGUCACUAGUUCCACAGCAGUGGCCAGUACAAGUACUCCAACUCUGGCUCUUUCUCCUUCUGGAUCAAAGGUUACAGCCACAAGCAUCACUCAUCCUGGGGCAGUCUCCAGUUCAGCUGUUCCCACUCUGUCUCUUUCUCCUGGGGAGCCAGAUGCAACAGCCUCCCUGAUCAUGCUUCCUACAGAGACAAGCCCGAUGAGUCCCAGCACAGUCCCAGAUGUUCUCCAUACUGAACUCAAUAGCACACCUUUAACAGCCACCAGUCCUGAGACAGAAGCCGGUUCAGCUCUCUCGACCUCUGGCUCAGGAUUGCUGACUUCACCGCUCACCCGUUCUGGAACAGAGACCAGUACAUUUUCCACUCUGACUGCUCUCUCAGGCCAACAAGAGACCACAGGCUCACAGGGAGUCCAUCCUGGAUUUGAAACCAGUUCUGUUGCUCCAACUUUUCCUGUCUCUCCUGGUGAACCACAUACAACUGUCUCCUUGGCCACCCAUUCUGCAGAGACCAGCCAACCUGUUUUCAUGACAAGCCCAAGUGUUUCCCAUAAUGCAACGCACCCUACAACCCCAACAACCGUCAUUCCUGGGGCAGAACCCAGCCCAGCUGUGUCAACCACCAUGAUCUCCCCUGGUGCUCCAGACAUGGUGGCUUCACAGGUCCCUACUUCUGGAAUAGCCACCAAGACGACCGAACCAUCUCUGAUUCCUUCUCCUUCCCAACCUGAGGUCACGCCCGCCUUGGGCACAUCUGCUGGGACCCAGACAAGUUCAUCCAUUCCAACUCUGGCUGUCUCCCCCAGCAUAUCAGAGAUGACCUCACUGGUCACCAGCUUUGAGACAGAACCAAGUACAACUACUUCAGUUCUAACUGUUUCCCCAGAGCAACUGGAUAUCACAUCCCCAUGGGUGACCCGUCCUGGCUCAGUCACCAGUUCAGCUAUUCCAUCUCUCUCUGUUUCCCCCAGUGAGCUGGAUACAGCAGCCUCAUGGGUGACUCAUCCUGCAGUGACCAGCUUACCAGUUUCCAGGACAACCCCCUAUUUUCCACACGGUGUAUCAGGCAGCACACCCUCAGCAAUGACCAGUCCCAGGUCAGAAGCCAGCUCAGCUGCUCCACCUCCCACCAUUUCCCCUGAGGUACCAGGAGAGGUGAGCUCAUCGCCCACCAGCUCUAGGACAGUGAUCAGUGCAAGUACUGCCUCCCAAGCUCAUUCUUCUAGUAAACCAGAGACCACAGCAUUAUUGGCCACCCAUCCUGGGCCAAGUUCAGCCCUUCCGACUCUGGCUGUCUCCCCUGGUGUGCCAGGGAUAGUGACACCAUUCACCACUAGUUCUGGGACGGAGGCGAGCACAGUUUAUCCCAAGCAGACUGGUUACUCACAAGCACCAAAGACUACAGCCUCGUGGGUCACCUAUUCGGGGUCAGAAGCCAGCCCGGCCAUUCCAACUCUGACUACUGUGCCUGGGGAGCCAAACACGACUACUUCCCUGGUCACUCAUUCGGCAGACACUUGGACACCUGUCUCCAGAACAGCCCCAGGGCUUCCCAAGAGUGAAUCAGACUUCACACCUUCGAUGGCUACCAGCCCUGGGGCCAAAGCCAGCCUAACUGUUCCAACUACCAUAGUUUCAUCUCGUAUACCCGUGGCAGUGACCUCAGAGGUUACCAAUUCUGGGACAGACACAAGCACGGCUACUUCAGCUCUGACUCCUUCUCUAGUUGAAACAGAGACCACAGUUUCAGUAUUCUCCUCUCCUGAGGCAGAGACCACUCCUGCUGUUCCGACCCCCUCUGUUCUUCCUGGUGAGCCAGCUGCAACCUCAUCGGUCCCUCACCCUUCACAAACCAGCAUGCCUGCUUCCAGAACUAGCCCUGAUUUUUCCCAUAGUGAAUCACAUACCACGCCCUCCAUCGCCAGCAGUCCUAGGGCUGAGGCCAGUUCACCAGCGCCAAUAACAAUUUGGAAACCAGAGGUGGUAACCUCCCAGGUCACUCCGGGGCCACCAACCGGGACCACUAUUCCAACUGUGAGUGUUUUUCCCAGUGAGCCAGAAACCACAGCCUUAUUGAUCACCCACCCCAGUGCAGAGACAACCACAAAGUUUCCUGUUUCAACUGUUGUUCUUCCUUUCUUGGAGACAGCCUCAGCAUCUGUCAGACCUGAGGUAGAGAUGAGCACAGCUCUUCCAACUCAGACUGCUUCCCUCAGUGGACAGGGGACAGCAACUUCUCUCCCACCGUCUCUUGUGACAGAGAUGGGUAGAGCUGAUGUAGGUCCAACAGUUUCGCGUGCUGUUCCCUUGGAAACAGCCUCACCAUCUACACCUCCCAGGGCAGAGACCAGCACAGCUAUGCCAACUGCAGCCCUUUCCCCUGGCCUCUCAGAGACCUCAAGCACAUGGGUCAACAGCCCUGCAGCAGAGGCCAGCACAAGCAUUCCGACUCCUCCCCUCAGUGUCCCUUGGCUUUCCAGUGCUGCUAAAACCACAGGCGAGCCAAAGACCGUAACUUCCUGGAACAGAGAAUCUUCAUCACUUGCAACUUCAGUCGGACUCCCAGAUUUUUCCCAAACUGCUGUAGGCCCCACUGUGACCUCAGUAACACCGCAGACCCCAACACUACCUACAACCAGUCACAGAGAAGGAUUGAGUCCAACUGCUACCUUGAGAACCACAACUGUGGAGACCACUCAUUUAGCUGCCACAGGUUCAAGUCCCACCACAGCCGAGAUCACAGCCUCCACCCUCAGUGCUACAACAGCUGGAAGUCCCUUUGCCUCAGAGAGCCCAUCUGGAAUGUACACCUCAACUUCAGAGACACUGACUUCAGCAACAACUGAGGUCCCAUUGCUGAAGAUUUUUACCGUCAACUUCACCAUCACCAAUCUGACCUACCAGAAGGAUAUGGGGAACCCAGGCUCUGGGUUAUUCAACAGCACUGACGGGACCCUGCAGCAGUUGCUCCAUGCCGUGUUCAAGAACAGCAGCAUUGGUCCCCUUUACACUGGCUGCAGGCUGACAAUGCUCAGGGCUGAAAAGCAUGAGACAAGCACCAGAAUAGAUGGCGUCUGCACCUACCACUCAGAUCCUACAGGCCCUCGGCUGGACAGAGAGCAGCUGUACUGGGAGCUGAGCCAGCUGACCCAUGGCAUCACCCAGCUGGGCAGCUACAGCCUGGACCGGGACAGCCUCUAUGUCAAUGGCUAUCACCAUCGGUACUGGAUCCCCACCAAGAACACUCCAGUGGCCUCCACAUUUUCCCCAGGGCCCUCCACACCCACGACCCCCACUCCCAGAUCUACAGCUGCAGGAGUCAGCCCAGGCCCGGUGCUUUUCACACUCAACUUCACAAUCACCAACCUGCAUUACACCCCCAACAUGGAGCACCCAGGCUCCUUGAACUUCAUCUUCACGGAGAAGGUCUUGAACCGACUGCUCGAGCCCUUGUUCAAGAACACCAGCAUCAGCAGUGGCUACUCCGGCUGCAGACUGACCUUGCUCAGAAACGAGAAGAAUGGGACAACCACUGGAGUGGAUGCAGUCUGCACCUACAAACCUCGUCCCAUGGGCCCGGCUCUAGAGAGAGAGAACUUGUACCAGGAGCUGAGCCAGCUGACCCAUGGUGUCACCCAACUGGGGUCCUAUGCCCUAGACACAGACAGCCUCUAUGUCAAUGGUUACAACCGUCGGCACUUGACCCCCACCACCAACACUCCAGUGUCCACCACAUUCUCUCCGGGACUUCCAACAUCCUCCAUCCCCAGCUCUACAGGUGCAAGCCUGUCUCUGGUGUUCUUCACCCUCAACUUCACAAUCACCAACUUGCAUUAUGAGAAGGACAUGGGGCGCCCAGGAUCUGAGCUAUUCAAUACCACAGAGAGCAUCUUGAAUCGCCUGCUGAAAUCCUUGUUUCACAAAAGCAGUAUUGGGACCCUUUAUUCUGGCUGCAGACUGAUCUUGCUGAGGCCUGAGAAAAACAGAGCAGCUACUAAAGUGGAUGCUGUCUGCACUCACCAUCCUGAUCCCACAGGCCAUGAGCUGGACAGGAAGAAGCUGUACUGGGAGCUGAGCCUUGAGACCCAUGGUGUCACCAAGCUGGGCUCCUACACCCUAGACAGGAACAGUCUCUACGUCAAUGGUUACACGUUUCAAGCUUCUACUCCUACCCCCAGCACUGCUGAGACUACAACAUUUUCACCAUGGACCUCGGUGGUGCCGGACCACUUCACCAGGUCUACAGGAGAAGCCCCUGUCCUGGUCCCAUUCACCAUCAACUUCACCAUCCUGAACUUGCGGUUUGAGAAGGAAAUGGCGCUCCCCAGCUCCCUGAAGUUCAACUUCACAGAGAGAGUCCUGCAGAAGCUGCUCCAGCCCCUGUUCAAGAACAGCAGCCUGGGAGCCCUCUAUGCAGGCUGCAGACUGGCCAUGCUCAGGCCUGAGAAGAGGGGAGCAGCCACCAGAGUGGAUGCCGUGUGCACACACCACCCUGGACCUGAAGGCUUCAGGCUGGACAGAGAGCAGCUUUACUGGGAGCUCAGCCAGAUGACCCGUGGUGUCACCCGCCUGGCCGCCUACACCCUGGACAGGGACAGUCUCUACGUCAGUGGAUUCAACUACCGCAGCUCUGCAGUCAUCAUCAGCAGUCCUGGCACCCCCACAGUGCUCCUGGGAACCUCUCCAGCUCCACUGUCCUUCUCCAGCCCCACAGCAGUGGCAGCCCCCGUCCUGGUACUGUUCACCACCAACUUCACCAUCCUGAACCUGUGGUUCCAAGAAGAUAUGGCCCACCCCGGCUCCCUGAAGUUCACCUUCAUGGAGAAAGUCCUACAGAAACUGCUCCAGCCCCUCUUCAGGAACAGCAGCCUGGGAGCCCUCUAUGCGGGCUGCAGACUGGCCCUGCUCAGGCCUGAGCAGGAUGGAACAGCCACAGAAGUGGACCUUGUGUGCUCACACCGCCCUGGGCCUGAAGGCUUCAGCCUGGACAGAGAGCGGCUUUACUGGGAGCUCAGCCAGAUGACCCGUGGUGUCACCCACCUGGAUGCCUACACGCUGGACAGGGACAGCCUCUAUGUCAACGGAUUUAACUAUCACAGAUCUGCACUGAUAACAAGCAGUCCUGGAACCCCCACAGUGCUCCUGGGAACCUCUGCGGCUCCACUGUCCUUCUCCAGCCCCACAGCAGCAGCCCCCGUCCUGGUCCCGUUCACCAUCAACUUCACCAUCCUGAACCUCUGGUUCGAGGAGGACAUGGCGCUCCCCAGCUCCCUGAAGUUCAACUUCACAGAGAGAGUCCUGCAGAAGCUGCUCCAGCCCCUGUUCAAGAACAGCAGCCUGGGAGCCCUCUAUGCAGGCUGCAGACUGGCCCUGCUCAGCCCCAAGCAGGGUGGCGCAGCAACCACAGUGGAUGCCGUUUGCACACACCGCCCUGGACCUGAAGGCUUCAGGCUGGACAGAGAGCGGCUUUACUGGGAGCUCAGCCAGAUGACCCAUGGUGUCACCAACCUGGCCGCCUACACCCUAGACAGGGACAGUCUCUACGUCAAUGGAUUCAACUACCGCAGCUCUGCAGCCAUCACCAGCAGUCCUGGCACCCCCACAGUGCUCCUGGGAACCUCUGCUGCUCCACUGUCCUUCUCCAGCCCCAUAGCUGUGGCCCCUCACCUGGUCCCGUUCACCAUCAACUUCACCAUCCUGAACCUGCGUUUUGAGAAAGACAUGGCACACCCCGGCUCCUUGAAGUUCAAUUUCACAGAGAGAGUCCUGCAGAAACUGCUCCAUCCCCUGUUCAAGAACAGCAGCCUGGGAGCUUUCUAUGUGGGCUGCAGACUGGCCCUGCUCAGGCCGGAGAAAGGGGGAGCAGCCACCAAAGUGGAUGCCGUGUGCGCACACCACCCUGGGCCUGAAGGCUUCAGGCUGGACAGAGAGCGGCUUUACUGGGAGCUGAGCCAGCUGACCCGUGGCGUCACCCGCCUGGCCGCCUACACCCUGGACAGGGACAGUCUCUACGUCAAUGGAUUCACCUACCACAGCUCUGCACUCAGCACCAGCAGUACUGGGUCCCCCACAGUCAGCCUGGGAACAUCUGGGACUCCUCUGUCCAUCUCCAGCACCACAGCUGUGAGCCCCGCCCUGGUACCCUUUACCAUCAACCUCACCAUCACGAACUUGCAGUUCAUGCCAGAUAUGAACCACCCAGGAUCCUCCAGGUUCAACAAGACCGAGGCCAUCUUGCAGCACCUGCUUGGUCCUCUGAUGAAGGCCACCAGUAUCGGUCCCCUCUUCUCUAGCUGCAGGCUGAGCUCCCUCAGGCCUGAGAAAGAUGGGUCAGCUACCAAGGUGGACAUCAUCUGCACCCACCACUCUGAGCCCAUGACCUCAGGGCUGGACAGAGAACAGCUGUACUGGGAGCUGAGUCGUGAGACCCACAGUGUCAGCCGCCUGGGCCGCUACACCUUGGACAGGAACAGCCUCUAUGUCAAUGGUUACACCCAUCAGUACCUGACCUCCACCGUCAGUGCUUCCAUGGCCUCUACCAUGAUCCCAACAUCUUCCACCCUUGUGCCAGUCUCCACAGCUGGCCCCAUCCUGGUACCAUUCACAAUCAACUUUACCAUUAUCAACCUGAAGUAUGAGAAGGACAUGCAUGAGACUGGAUCUCGGAAGUUUAACUUCACCGAGAGAGUCCUGCAGAAAUUGCUCACGCCCUUGUUCAAGAAAACUAGCAUCGGCCCUCUAUUCUCUAGCUGCAGACUGGCCUCACUCAGGCCUGAGGGGCAUGGAGCAGCCACAGGAGUGGGUGCCACCUGCACCCACCACCCUGAUGCCACCGGCCCUGGGCUGGACAGUGAGAAGCUGUACUGGGAGCUGAGCCACCUGACCCGUGGUGUCACCCGCUUGGGCAGCUACUCCUUAGACCAGGACAGCCUCUAUGUCAAUGGUUACACCCAUCAGAUGCUGGCCACCACCCCCAGAACCUCUAGCCUCACUCUGACACCUUUCACCCUUAACUUCACCAUCACUGACAUGCCCUACAUGGAGAGCAUGCAGCCUCCAGGCUCCUCGGAAUUCAGCAAAACAGAGAAAGUCCUGCAAGGACUGCUUGACCCUCUGUUCAAGAACACCAGUGUCGGCCUCCUGUAUUCUGGCUGCAGACUGACCUUGCUCAGGCCAAAGAAGCACGGGGAAGCCACUGGAGUAGAUGCGGUGUGCACCUACCACCCAAUGUCAGCAGGUCCUGGGCUGGACAGAGAGAAGCUGCACUGGGAGCUGAGCCAGCUGACCCAAGGUGUCACCCGACUGGGACCCUAUGCCCUGCAACAGGACAGUCUCUAUGUUGACGGUUAUACUCACCAGAUUGAACCAGCCAUCCCCAGUGCCACUGAACUACCCCUGGUGCCAUUUACCCUAAACUUCACCAUCACCAACCUGGCCUAUGAGAAGGACAUGUGGCAUCUAGGGUCCUGGAAGUUUAACAACACAGAGAAGGUCCUGCAGCUGCUGCUCAGAUCCUUGUUCAAGAACACAACUCUGGGCCCCUUCUACACUGACUGCAGACUGACCUUGCUCAGGCCUGAGAAAGGUGGGUCAGUCACGAGAGUGGGCACACUCUGCACCUACCAUCCAGAGCCCAUGGGCUCCAAGCUGAACAGAGAGCAGCUGUACAGGGAGCUGAGCCAGCUGACCCGUGGGGCCACCCAGCUGGGCAGCUACACUCUGGAAGAGACCAGUCUGUAUAUUAAUGGAUACACCAACAGGACUGUGGCAGCCAUCCCCAGUGUCAGUGGCUCCACCAUUGUUCGGGUCACCAUCAACUUCACCAUCACCAACAUGGAUUACACAGAGGAAAUGGGGAACCCAGGCUCCUUGAAAUUUAACACUACCGAGAGAAUCCUUCAGCGCCAGCUGAGGUUGCUGCUGAACAAGACCAGCAUCGGGCCACUGUACCCUGGCUGCCACCUGGCUGCACUCAGGCGUGUGAAAGGUGGUGCAGCCACAGGAGUUGACAUCCUCUGCUCCUUCCACUCUACCUCCACAAGCUCUGUGCUGGACAGAAGGAAGCUAUACAGGGAGCUGAGUCAUGAAACCCAUGGUGUCACCCAGCUGGGCCACUAUGCCCUGGACAAAGAGAGCCUCUACAUCAAUGGCUACACCUUUGAAGGCACCACUGCUACACCUACCACCAAGGCGGUCCGUGAGGAGCUGCUCACGGUGAACUUCACCAUCAACAACCUCCGCUACUCGGUGGACAUGGGCCAUCCUGGCUCGCCCAAGUUCAGCAUCACAGACACAGUCAUGCAGCACCUGCUCAGCCCUCUGCUCCGGAGGAGUAGCCUGGGUGCCCGGCACACAGGGUGCAAACUCGAGGCGCUGAGGUCUGUAAAGAAUGGUGCUCAGACACAGGUGGACAUGCUCUGCACCUACCACCAGCCCACCAGCAGCCCGGGUCUGUCUGCCAAGCAGGUUUUCCAUGAGCUGAGCUGGCAGACCCGGGGCAUCACCCGGCUGGGUCCUUACUCUCUGGACAAAGACAGCCUCUACCUCAAUGGUUAUAAUGAACCUGGUCCAGAAGAGCCUCCCACAACUCCUGCGCCAGCCACCACAUUCCUGCCAUCAUCAGUAUCAGUGCAGCCAGAAGUCACCCCAGCCACGGGGUACCAUCUAAAGACCCUCACACUCAACUUCACCAUCUCCAACCUCGGGUAUUCACCAGACAUGAGCAACAGAUCGGCCAAGUUCAACUCCACCGAGAGGAUCCUUCAGUACCUGCUCAGAUCCUUAUUCCAGAACACCAGCCUGGGCUCCUUCUACACAGGGUGCUGGCUAUCCUCCCUUAGGCCUGAGAAGGACAGCAAAGCCACUGGCGUGGAUGUAACCUGCACCUAUCGUCCUGACCCCAUGGGUUCUGGGCUGGACAGUGAGCAGCUGUACUGGGAGCUGAGACGACUGACCCACAGCAUCACCCAGCUAGGAAACUUCUCCUUGGACCAGGACAGUCUCUACGUCAAUGGUUACACCAACCAGACUUCAACAACGCCCCCUAGUGGCCAUGUAACCCAGAAUGUGACCAGCUGGAGCGAGUACCAGCUCAGCUUCCACGUCCUCAACUGGAACCUCAGCAGUGCAGAUGCCGCAUCCUCAGAGUACAGCGCCUUCAGGAGGGACAUCGAGGACAAGGUCACCGCACUCUAUCUGAGCAGCCAGCUAGAAGCUGUCUUCCAAUCCUGCCUGGUCACCAAUUUCACGUUAGACUCCAAGGUGGUCACUGUCAAGUUAUUUUUCUCCACCCAUCUGGACCCCGACCUUGUGAAACAAGUUUUUCUAAAUAAGACCUUGAAUGCCUCGUCCCACUGGCUGGGCGCCACCUAUCAGCUGACGGGCCUACAUGUGACAGAAGUGAAGCCAUCUGUCACUCUACCAACAGAAAUGCCACCAACCGCUUCCAGCUCCCAACAGUUCCAGCUGAAUUUCACCAUCACCAACCUACCCUAUUCCCAGGCCAUCUCCCAGCCAGACACCCCCCAGCACCAGCGCAACAAAAGAAGCAUUGAGAGCGCGCUCAACCAACUCUUCCGAAACAGCAGCAUCAAGAGCUAUUUUUCAGACUGUCGAGUAUCAGCAUUCAGGUCUGUCUCCCACAUGGAUCACACCGGAGUUGACUCCAUGUGCAACUUCUCCCCCUUGGCGCGGAGGCUGGACAAAGUUGCCAUCUAUGAGGAAUUCCUGCGAUUGACCCAGGGUGGCACCCACCUGCAGAACUUCACUCUAGACAAGGACAGUGUCCUUGUGGAUGGAUAUUCUCCCAUCAAAAACGAUGCUGUGACUGGAAACUACAAUCUGCCCUUCUGGGCCAUCAUCCUCAUCUGCCUGGCAGGACUCCUGGCUCUCAUCACAUGCCUGCUCUGCUGUUACCUGGUGACCAUCUGCCGGCGGAAGAAGGAGGGAGACUACCAGGUCCAGCGCCACCGCCUGGGCUAUUACUUCCCACACUUGGACCUGAGGAAGCUGCAGUGACCCCGUCUGCUGGGGAGAUCCUUUGUCCCAUCCUGGGUCUGAAGAAGAAAUAAACCACAUUGGUUAGACACAGCAUGUGGGCCUUGCUCGACUCUGUCCCAGCCUGGGUCCCGGGGGACAAAGUGAGAGAACUUCCUCCUUUGAUAAAUCCUGAGGCGACUGGUAGUUGUGUCUUGGGUUUCAUGCUAUGCCACCCCUCAGGGACAGCAGAAUUGCAAGUUGUCAUUAUACAGAAUCAAUAUCCCGUGUCAAUGUGAGGGUUCCCCCCAGUCACCCCCUACUGACCUGCCCUUGACUCCACUGCAGCCAUCACACGGAUGCGUCUCCCCAGCACUGGCUGUCUCAAGCCUGCUCUUACCCUAUUUCGUUCCCUGAGCUCGCCUCUACCAAGACUGUUGGUUGAAUCCGCUCCUUACCCACCAAGUGAUGCCUGAAAGAUGUGAAAUAGUCCAAGAAAGAAAUGAGUGGCUCAGAAGAGACUCCACAACCAGCCUUGGAACUUGAGAGCUGAAGUGACCAAAUAAGCAGAAAGUUUGAGUCCAAGAUAACCUUGCCUAAACGUGUCUGUUCUGGAGUUAAGAUGAGUACAACUUGAACUGGAUCACCUAAGGGAAACACGGGGCUGUCUUUUUUACAUCUUUCCCUGCACUGACUCCAGGUGGCCAAUUACAGGCACGCAUCCCAGGUGCAAGGCCACCUGUGCCGUCCUGCUUUGUGCUUGUUGGACUUGGUGGCAUGAUGUAUACAUCUGGCAGACCGCCAUGAGUGAGGGUACUCAGUUGUUAUCCAAGACUAAGAGUUAAAAUUGGAGUCAUGCCUUCCAUUCACUUUCUAUUUUUGCAAUGGCAUUAUAGUUUUUUAAGAGAAUAAAAACAUUGGAAAUGAUACCAAAUUUCACUGAACACGAUAGGAAUUCACCACUGGUUAUUACAUUGCACAUUGUUGUCUUCAAAUCAGUUGUUCAGAUUGCCAGAUGGAAGCAUGUGUGCCUUACACUGCCACCGUAAGCAGUCUGUCUCUGAGAAUGCCCACUGGAGAGGGUAGUAAAGGCAGCAGGAACUCUUAUUUAUUAAUGACAGUGAUGAAUUGAUUAACCACAAGAGUACAUUCAAAGAGAUGGAUUAUGUAAUCCUAUGGGACUGGGACUGUGUAUGUGGUGUGUGAUGGAAGUGAUGUUACAUGACACAGGGCUGUACUUAAGAUCUUGUAAGCACUAUGGCUUGCAAGCUCUGCAAGCACUAACUCUGUUCUACCCUGUUUGCAGCGGUUUCAACACCUGCCCUCCAAAAUUUAUGUUGGAGACUUAAUCUCCAAAACAACAAGAGUGAGAGGUGAGGGUGUCUAAUGUGAAGUGUUUAGGUAACAAAGCCUCUGACCAAAAGAAUGCACUAAUGCUGCUGUUAAAAGGGCC